AAGCGGUCACUUAAUCUUGCUUCCACCAUUUUCAUCAUAUACUUCUUCCCACACACCUAGCGCCCUACAUUCAUUCCCAUUGAACUUGUAUUUUCCAUCAACACAUUAAUUUUCCUUGUUCCGUGGUGGCACACACCAUAAUCUCAUGGAAAAGGAAAACAUGCUCAAAACGCCUCCAAAAGUUCCAAUUCAAGACCGAACACCCGAACCUGAAUGCAAAACACCAACUCCACUUCAACAAGACCCCAAUGAUCAUAACUCCUCAAAUGAAUUGCGCAAGCCUGUUACCCCAGAUCGUCUUAGAGUCCCCAAGGCAUUCAAAUACGCAGAAAGAUAUACAAGCCCAACAGAUUUGAUGAUGUCACCAGUAACCAAAGGCCUUUUUGCCAAAACAAGAAGGGAUGGUGGUGCGGUGUUACCACCUGGGGGUAAAAAUCGACCAAAGAUUCUAGACUUGCCCUUGAAGGAUGUCGGUCCUAUCCAGAACAAGCUUCCAAUGUUGAUUGAUGAGAAGAUCAACUCAGCUUGAAGGAUUCAAAGGACUUUUGUUCAACAUGAUAACUCAUUUGACAGUGGUUCAAAGGGAGUUUAAAGAUGAUGAUGUAAUAACAAUACAUCACAUACGGAGAGAAAGAGAGAGUUUAUCUCCUUGUUCCCAUGAUAAACAACUCUAUUAUGAGAUUAUAAGCUUAUGAAGUUUGUGAUGCUCAAUUUUCUUCUCAAAAUAGCCUUUCUAGCAAUAAUGUAUCCGUGUUAAUUAAAAAAUGGCUUAAAUACAUUUUUCUUUCUUAU